GUCGUAUGCCGGGCUUUGAAAGGAAUCUUCUUCGUCUUUCACUUUAUGAAGCGACCAUGCACGCAUACUCCCUCAUUUCAAAUCAUGCAAUUCUACAAUUCCAGAGCGCGAAAUUUAUAAGCUCCGAUGGCGGACGUCUAACAAACGAGCUGUGGGAGGGAUUUUCUAGGAUAAGCGACGCGUUCUCGACUAUCAGAAAGGAUGUAAGACUGAGCGCUCAAGAAUUGAAAGUUUAGAAUUGGAACUCGAAGGAUUUCGUCAUGUCUCGUAAGCUGCUGAGGAGUAUGAAUCUGCCAGGUUCUACGGCAAAUGUUUUUUCUGCACGAAGUCUUCAUUCUGCCAAGGAUGUACUCUGCAAGACGGAGUUGGAGCUCAUGGAGCUACUGGACAUGCCCUUGCCUGUCCUUUCGUCUGUCCUGGCUCGCAUAUACGACUGCGUCUGCCCUCCAUAUCGUUCAGUCCUGUCAUUAUGGAUAGAACGAAACGCGAAAGAAGUUGCGGGUGGCCAUCUUCCCACAGGCUUACGAGAGCUGGAUCAUGUGAUGUGUGGAGGUGUUCCUUUUGGAUUGAUCACUGAGGUGGUUGGUGCUGCCGGUGUGGGAAAAAGUCAGAUGUGCCUCAUGUUAUCUGUAUUGACCGCCAUGCCAAGAUCCCUCGGCGGACUUGAUGGCAGUGUGAUCUACAUCGACACUGAGCACAAAUUCUCUCCUGGAAGGAUGAUGGAGAUAGCGCAACAUAAGUUCCCAGACAUUUUCAGGGAUGCGGAGAUGCUGCAGCAGCUGGCCCUCCGAGUUCUGGUUUUGCAUCCAUCUUCCGUGAAUGAUCUCAUGGAAAGUUUGAGGGCGCUUGAGAAAGCCAUCAUUGAGCGAUCUGCAAGAUUAAUCGUCAUCGACAGUGUAGCAGCUCUUCUGCAAAGCGAGUACGGGCGCGAUCGCAUUAUCGAGAGACAGGAGAUGUUGGGCCAGCAAGCAACAAUUCUGAAGUUUCUUGCCGAGGCUUUUCGAAUACCUGUCCUGGUCACGAAUCAGGUUAGAACGAAGAGCGAUAACCAGUGGAGCGGUCCAGCAUCAGCGAACGCGCCUCAUGAUGCGCAUAAUCGGGCCAUUCCUAUCGAUUUUGGAGAAGGGGGAUUGGAACAGCAUCUAACAGCUGCUUUGGGCACCAAAUGGGCCCACUCUGUCAACGUUCGGCUCGUUCUCGAGUGUACAGUUUCAGGACACUAUCUUAUCAAAAUUGUCAAGUCGCCAAUGUCUCCAUCAGUUUCGUUCCCUUACCGCUUGACACAAGGAGGUCUGGAGCUUGACACGGACUCUAGGCCGAGUGGCCACAUCAAAAAGGAGGAAACCUUCUACUAGACGGCUAUACUGCACAAAUUGCCGUUUGGGGAAUCAUGGUGCCUCCAUUACAGUCGAAUGAUCCUAUAACCAAGCUUUGUUCAAACAAGUUGCAGCUUUAGGACAAUGCUCAUCCUUGAAGGGAAAUUUUUAGGCCCUCCAAAGCUCACCAAACGACCGAGCUAGUAACUUGUCGGCAGAAGACCUCCUAGCCCAAGCGAGGUAACCAGUGACAAAGAGGGACUAAUGGAGGUAAAGAGCGAGCUUCCAUCUUUCAUAGUAGUCAAUGCCUUACAUCCAUCUGUAUACAGUUGGAGUUGAGGACCUUAGCUCAGCUCAGCUCGCUGUAUAUAUUUUCAUCCAAUCCAGAGGUGAAGGUAAUUGUACAUACAAAACGUGAGGGUCUUUGAGCCCUCUUUGCUACUUCUCGGCGGGUGCAUCAUCGUCUUAACUUGGUACAAUGGCCAUGAGAGUCAAUCCAGCCAUUGUGUUCUCUGCACGUCAGAUCCUGAACUUACAGCCAUCAGAUCGACUGACCGUGAUGUACUUAAAGUGCGUCCAUGUGUCUGCAUUUGUGUAUACUUUCGUUUUCGUGGGAAAUCCCAAUAUGUCUUUCUCAUCAGAUAGAUUGGGGAUAAUUUUAGGUUGCAUACAUAUAUUGAUGAGGUGUUUAGGCUUUCUUUCCUUUCCUUGAUUCCUCUCAAACAAUCAGUAUCAUUACUGAGAAGAGAACUCCCGCUUUUAAAGGGUUUUUGAAAGCUGAAUCCGGAGUCAAUGACUCUCUUUUUACGGGUAUAAUAGGUCCGAAGAAGUAAACAUAUUUAGUAAAGUUCCAUAAGUAGAUACCAAUUUAUUAACAAGGUCUAAGUAUGGUUCAAUGAAGUAGGACUGUUACAGAGUCAAUUCUGAAUCACAAUUAACUUUUCCACGUAAUGUCUGCAAGUUUACUUCUGAGGCCUAAGCACG